AUGGGGCAUGGAAAUGAGCAUGGCCAUGGCCAUGGCCAUGGGCAUGGCAAAAUGGAACUCCCUGACUACAGGCAGUGGAAGAUAGAGGGUACUCCACUGGAGAAGGUCCAGGAAAGACUAGCUAAACGGGGUCUUAGGGAUCCAUGGGCUCGCAAUGAAGCCUGGAGAUACAUGGGUGGCUUUGCAAAACCGGUCACCUUAACAGAAGUCUUUACUAAGGGACUCAAGUGGGGAUUUGCAGCUUUCGUCAUAGCUCUUGGCAUUGAAUAUACUCUGUUUCCUCCAAAGAAGAAUGGAGGUCAUCACUGAAGAUCAAAUAUGACAACUUAAUACUUACUGAUUACUAAGCUGAAACAUAUAUAAGCCUGCUGCUCACUCUGUACUUAUAAUAUGCAUAUUAAAGUCUAUCACAGGCAAAACCA